AUGUUCAAGCACACUGCUCUUUGCCUACUUCUCUUCACUGUCUCUGUCCUUGCUGUCCAAGCGCUGGAGUUACACCGCCUUGCACAUGAGCUUCGAGACCCUGCACACGGAGAUACAAACACGAAGCAACUCAUGAGGGGUUUGCCUCCUUUACCCCCGAGGAAUAUUGAAGCCUCACGAACUGAUGCUGCUCGAGGGUCAUGGACCAGCGACACAAUAACCUGGAGUGGCAACAUUAAAGUAACUGCCAAGGAUAAGGGUAAACCUAAGACCCUCGGAUACCUUGCACUGAACGGUAGUCAGCCAUGGUGUACGGUAGUUAGCGAGUUGAAGAAUGCUAGUACAUUCACAGCUACAUUACAGCAAGAAGGUGUCACUUCAGAUGUGAGCUUCAAAGAUAUUAAUGCUACAGCUUCCCAACAAUAUUUGGCAGGUCUGAGCAAUGCGACACUGGCAGCCAAUAAUCUCAUCGUCCUGGGGACUUCAGAGUUAACUUUUCCCCCUGAUGUCACUUACUCUGGUGGCUCUGUUUCCGCACCUGGAUCGAGCUACAAGACGGUAGUCUUUGAUCACAAUGCGGUAACCCACAAUCUUACAGCCAAAUGGAUUACUGAGAUCACGCAAAUGUUAUUAAUCAUAUGGGAUUCACGUCACAAUAAGAUCUUUCUCACAGUAGAUCAGACGAUCCUCCUCGUUGGUGAUACUAUGCGGUUUGUGAUUCUCUCUCUGGAUGACUGA